UUGUCAUCUUUUGUGUUUUUAUUUCAAUUUCACUUUGCAACAAUCAUUCUCAAUUUUAUAGUUGCGAAUAAAUAUUAUGGUUGUACUAACUUGACUCAUUGUUUCGAAGUUAUUAAUCGUCUAAACACGGUGCGAUGAUCUAGUGUUCAGCUUACGUCAUGGUCAAGUUAAUUGCGUUUUUAUUUAUACAAUAUCUCCUCAUUAUAGUUUGUUCCUCGGAUAUAACUGUAGAAAAGAAAAAUAAGAUUUUAAAUGGAUUUAUAGAUUUCUUAAAUAACCUACCCAACCAUCCUUAUGUUUACGACGAGGGUACCCUACAAAAUGCGCAGCAAGAACCAAAUAGUGAUGUUAUUCACAUAGAGGUUGCACUGCAAGGGGGUGACGAGGAACAACUGUAUGGCAGAAAAACGGUGCAAUGUACAGCAGAUAUCAUUGAUCUUCUGGAAGCUGGCAUAUCAGUUCAGAAUCAACCACAAUGCCAAGAAGUGCAAGAUGUAACUACACCCAAUGUUAACAAUGAACCAAAUAUAGAAGAUCCUGAUACAACUGUUCCUCUUCAUGAACCAAUACAUCUUGAUAACGAAGAACAGCCUGAAGGGGUAACAUCAGGGGAACAGUUUAUAGCAGUACCGCGUCGCUACUCAAAUGCGUCGUGUGCUGGUUGUGCCGAUCAUGUUAAUCCUAAUGCACCAGGAGUGGAAGAGCUUGCAUUGCUAGCGGUGAAACACCUUGAUAAACAUGAACCUGCCACUAAACACACUCUUAGAGAUAUUGUUGAUGUUGAAAGACAAGUUCAGGUCGUUAAUGGUAUUAAAUACACCCUCACUUUAAACGUCAUCUUUAAUAACUGUACACCACCUGAAGAAUUCUGUAAUGAAAAUGUUCCAUGCAAAAUAUCAAUCCUUGAAAAAACUUGGAUAAAAUAUCCUGAUGGAUCAAAAUACCGAGCCAUCACAUCAAAUAACUGUACAGAACAAUGGCAAUUUGGUGAUGAUGGUGAAGAAAUAACUGAUAAUCAUGAUAAUGCAAUGCCAAAUUCAAAUAAUGCAGAUCACGGUGAAUAUAUUCAUGCUAAAGCUAAUUCAGCAUUAGAUGCACAGCCAAGUAAAAGUAAAAUUAUACCUGAUGAGGUAGUUAAAAAUAUAGAAGAACAAAUAAUUCCCUAUAAGGAAACGGAAUCUUCUAAAUCUUCUGUACAAUAUCAUCCAAACUUAUUCAAUCCAGAUGAUGUGAAAUCUCAACAUGUUAAGGAUUUAGAUGCAAUGCCUAACUAUGGUAAAGUACAAUUUGUAGAAAACCAUGCUGAAAAUCAGAGACCACUACAAUUUUUAACUGAUGAAAAAAAAAAAGCUGUUGAUGAUUUAAUAAAUUUUUUUAAUUCGGCUGGUUUUGAUUUUAAUGCAGUAGACAAGUCGCAGCGUGCAAAAAGAAGUUUCUAUAAUGAUUUAAAGGUAUUGGCCAUUGUUGAAAAAUUUCAUAAACUCAAAGAAAAUUUAAAUAACGCAAAUUUUAUUUAUUCCUUGGCUCAAAAUAUGGUUGAUUAUUUAAACGAAAUAGAUUUGGAAAUUAAAAACAGAUAUUUGCAAGAAGUAAUAAGCGCAGAAGAAGAAAAUGAAAACUACCAACAUUUCUUUUAUAUACAAGCCCGUGUUAUAAUACCGUGUGAUAAAUUAUAUUGUGAUGAUCAAAUAAAAAGAGCUAAAAUUUGUAAUGGCGUGAUUGAGAGUAUUGAUGGGGAAUCGCCACAUAUUUUAACUACAUUUUGUUACGAUGACGUCGAGAAUCCCUCUUCCAUGGGUAAAUCAAUGGCAGUUCCAUUAGAUGACCCACUUCUUAAAAAAAUGAUAGAUAAAGCAAUAAAAAAAAUUGAAAGUGAUUCAUUAAAUUCAAACGCCAUUAGUUUGAAGCAGGUUCUUGCUGCUACAACACGAAGAGGAUCUGGUGCAUUUACGAAAGUUUUGAUUGAAAUUGUAUUUACAAAUUGUAAUAAAACUUUAUCUUUUAAGAAAAGGGAUAAGUGUACCAUCUUAAAUUCUUUGGGUUCUAAUAUUUGUGAAAUCAUCGUGUUUGAAAGAUAUUCCCUGAAAGAAAAGGAUAUGACUACUACUUGUACUCCAAGAAAUACGGAAGAGACCUUUUCAAAAUCCAAAGAAAGACAAAAUUUCAACCAAAAUCAUAAUGAUCCUGUAAUCGCGGAAAUGGUUCAACAAGCCCUAAAACAAAUUGAGCUAGAUUCAAACCAACAUAAUAAGCAAAGAGUACUACAAAUAAACUCUAUUACUACUCAAAUUUUUGCCGGCCUUUUAACUGAAAUUAAUUUCCUUGUGGGUUAUACAACAUGUAUAACUGAUACAGAAAAUGAUAUUGAUGAGGAUUCAUGCCCAUUGAACAAUGAACCUCCACGAAAAUGUCAAGCAGUAAUUUGGGAUAGACCUUGGUUGGAAGAUGGGCGUCAGCUCAAUGUGUCUUGUAACAGUAAAAAUAUACUUGUUAAUAAUUCGAGACGUAAACGUUUUACCCAAUUAUUGGGAGGAGUGUCAACAAAGGACCCCAAUGAUCCCAUAUAUUUAAAUUUAGCAAAAGAAUCUUUAAAUAACUACUUUUUGACUUCUGGGGCGUCUCAACAGUAUGAAAGAUUACAAGUAAAGAAAGUAACAACUCAGGUUGUAGCAGGUACUUUAACAAAAAUUGAAUUCGAAGCAACUGGGCAAGGAAAUGUCAUCACAUGUCAUUCUGCAGUUUGGGAUCGACCUUGGUUGAAGAAAAAGGAGUAUAACGUUACAUGUAAAACUGACAAUAUACAAGUAAACAAAGUAACAACUCAGGUAGUAGCAGGUACUUUAACAAAAAUUGAUUUUGAAGCAACUGGGCAAGGGAAUGUCAUCACAUGUCAUUCAGAAAUAUGGGAUCGACCGUGGAUGAAGAAAAAAGAAAUAACUCAUGUUACAUGCCAAACUUUUGAGAAAAAAUUUAGAACGAAGAGAACUUUAAGAGGUGGUAAGAGUGAAGAAAAUCCAUUGGAUCCUCGAUUUAUCUAUCUAGCCAAAGAAUCGUUGCGAAAAUAUCAACUAUUAAAGAAAAUCAGAGCAAAGCACGAAGUUAUUUCAGUGAAGAGAGUUUAUAAACAAGUGGUUUCUGGAAUUAUUUAUAAAAUAGAUUUCAUUGCUGCAAGAAAAUCAUGUCCCAGUAAAAUAAAAAAUUGUCGUAAAACAGAAGAUGCGAUUCUUUAUUGUCAUUCUAAAGUAUGGGAUCGGCCCUGGUUAAACAAUAAAGAAAUAACUGUAGAUUGUUAUGAAGGUGAUGAAAACGAGGAUAGUGAAGAAAAUGAUAGGAAAAAACGACAUGUUUACAGUGAGAUUUCCAAAAAAGGACAUGCAAAUGAUGAGAAUAAUAAAAUACUAUUGGAAGGACCAAUACAACCUAACAAAAAAAUUCGUGAGAAAAGACAAGCAGAAGAAGAUUAUAUAGAUGAGGAUACUAAGUAUUAUUAUGCAGACCGUGCUAUACAACUGAUUAAUGAAAAGUCAGAUACAAACAAUUUACAGAAAAUGAUCACAAUUCAUUCAUUUCAAAGCGGAACGAUAAUGGAUGUAAAUAUGGUUAGAAUGUACAUCGAAACAGCUUAUACAUUUUGCUUGCGUAAUCAAGAUGAUACAGACUUGACUCAAUGUGAAGAAUUACCCGGAAUGUACCAUAAGUUAUGUCUCGUUCGUAUUUGGCCUUCUCCAGAUGAUGAACUUGUUAUACAACAAAUACAUGUUGUCUGUAAUGAUGAAAAAGAAUUUGAGACUGUAACUGGUAUAUCUACCAGAUCAUUCAUUGAAGCUUCGAUUAAAGAGCUGGAAGCUUCGCCGAAAAUUAAAACUAAAAUUAUUAAUUUAGGAGAACCUAAUGUAAUACCUAGUCUUGACUCUAGAGAUCCAACGAAAGUUAAUUUUAUGUUAGGAUUUACAAAUUGUUCAAAAGAUGUUGAUUUGAAACAGUAUCCUAAUUGCGAUAUUGACACCACAAGGCCAUAUAAAACUUGUACAUCUCACAUAUGGUUGGCGCCUUACAGCAAUAAAAUUAAGAAACUCAACGUAAAUUGCAUGUUUCCCAAUGUCAUGAGAAAAAAGCGGGCCGUGACAUUGAGUUCUACAAAUGCUACAUCAGAUGAAAUAACUAUACAACAUUUAGUCAAGGAAUCCUUAGAAAAACUUGAAAUGAGUUCUAUACAUAAGUUUAAACAACGGGUAUUACAAAUUAAUAGUUAUUCAUCUAAGAUAACAAGUGGUCGAGUUACAACUAUCGAUUUUGAUGUUGGAUAUACGUCUUGUUUAAAAUAUGAAUGGGUUGAAAAUAUUACUAAUUGCGCCUUUCUUGAACAUUUGCCUCGUAGGCAUUGCAUUUCAACUAUUUGGGAAAGACUAUGGCUAGAUAACGGUAAACAGAUUGACGUUAAUUGUCAAGACGAUGAAACUCCUAUUGAAGCGCAUGUUGAAUUUGAAAAUCCAGAACAUGCGAUGCAACUAGCGAAGCAGGCUUUGAAACAUAUUGAGGCAAAAUAUCCGAAUCCUCUUCGUCAAAAAGUUAUUAGAAUAUUUUCGAUGGAAAAGCAAACAAUUGCUGGUGUACAUUAUCGUAUGAAAAUUGAAGUUGGUAAUACUAAUUGUCCAGCAUUGAGUAUGAAUGAUACCUGCGAAUUAGUCUCAAAUAUGGGUUUAAACAAAUUUUGUAGAGUAAAUGUUUGGAUAAGACCUUGGACAGAGCAUCCUCCCAACUACCGUGUGUCUUGUGAUUUCCAAGACGGAGCAACCACAGAGUUGUAUCGGCACGUACAAGCUGAACGUCUUUUUUAUGAUUUUAUAACUACUUAUAGACCAGAUUAUAUGAACAAUCACGACGAAAUGCUGAAGCGUUUUGAAAUUUUCAAAGAUAAUGUACGGAGAAUCCACGAAUUCAAUAUCCGCGAACAAGGGACGGCUAGAUACGCUGUGACUAGAUUCACAGAUCUAUCUUAUGAAGAAUUCGCGAAAAAAUAUUUGGGUUUAAAACUCAGUCUCAGAGAUCCAAACCAAAUACCUUUUAGAAAAGCAGAUAUUCCAGAUGUUAAACUACCCGACAAGUUUGACUGGAGGGAUCAUGGCGCUGUAACCAACGUGAAAAAUCAAGGAUCUUGCGGAAGCUGUUGGGCAUUCAGCGUAACAGGGAAUAUCGAGGGUCAGUGGAAGAUUCAAACGGGGGAGCUUGUAUCGCUGUCAGAGCAAGAAUUAGUGGACUGUGACAAACUGGACGAGGGCUGCAAUGGAGGCCUCCCUGAUAAUGCUUAUAGAGCAAUAGAGCAGCUGGGCGGCUUAGAGACGGAAUCUGAUUACCCGUACGAGGGCGUGGACGACAAGUGCGCCUAUAACAAGACCUUAUCUAAGGUCCAUAUUCGCAGCGCGCUCAACAUCUCUUCCAAUGAGACCGAGAUGGCCAAGUGGCUGGUGCAGAAUGGACCUAUUUCUAUUGGUAUCAACGCGAACGCAAUGCAGUUCUACGUGGGCGGCGUGUCCCACCCGUGGCGGAUGCUCUGCAACCCCAAGAACCUGGACCAUGGGGUGCUCAUCGUGGGCUAUGGUGCUAAGGACUAUCCGCUUUUCCACAAACACCUGCCGUACUGGAUUAUAAAGAACUCGUGGGGCAAAGAGUGGGGCGAACAGGGCUACUACCGCGUGUACCGCGGGGACGGGACUUGCGGGGUCAACAUGAUGGCCAGCAGCGCAGUGGUUUAGGGGCCAUGGGGUCAUCGAGCCAACUGGGACUUAACUGGUGGGUUUGGUGCUAUUUGUCACGUUUGUCACAUUUUUUUAUAUAAGGAUGCUUUGAUUACAUUUGUAAGUAGAAGUGGAAUGUAACAGUUGACAGUUUCGAACGAAUGACGCGAUUUGAUAAAAAAUAUUCAAAAUACAGUUUCUCAUAUAGUAUCAACCAUUUAUCAUUAACUUAUCAUAGAAUAUCAAUAAAAUUUAACUAUAAAAUUAACAAUUAAGUGUUAUAAAUUAUUUGUAUAUAUCAUAACUGAUUACAAAUAUGACUCAAGUAAAACUAUAUAAACAUUUGUAAACAUGGCAACGUUAUAAGCACUACAGGUGCGUUGGACUCACAGUUAAAUUCUAGUUAACUCGAUCUACCAGCUUUUCUUUGAACUUAAUGAUGAUCAGACAUAUUUAAUGGACUAAGUUAAAUAAGGAUAUGAUUUAUAGUUAACUUAAUAAUAUAUAAUGCUAUUAACUAUUAUUAACCGUAAACACUAAACUUUUAUUUUAUUUUAUAUUUCACAACAUUUUAAAAAAUAAUUCUUAUGUGUUCGAAUUAGCAGUAUAUUUUUUAGGACCUUAAAUAUUAUUUGAAAAUCUUAUUAAUUAUACUUACUUAAAAUUACCCAUCGAAUAAUAUUUCUCUCGACAUUUUGUUUGUGAUUAUCUAUUUUUUAUUUCUUCAUAUUAUCUCUAAAUACCCUUGUUUGAGAUUAAAAUUUUCUUAGUGCCACUAAAUAUUUGAAAAAAAAAAAAAACGUUAUAAGAGACAUAUAGAUAGAUAAUAAACUAAUAAUAUAUAAUUGUCCAUAAACACCAUAUAACUUCUUAACCAGCUUUAAUCAGCAUUAUAAUUGUCUUAUAGAUAUUACUUUUAAUGAAAUAUACAUAAUAUAUGAAUUUUAUAGCCAAUAUACUUAGUAAUUAUACAGGUCAUUAUAAAAACACAAUUAUUAUUCAUUAUUUCAAUGUUAAUUAUAAUUGUAAGAUUAUUUUAUAUAUUUCUUGCACUAAUUCCAUGAAAUGUAGCACGAUGUCGUGAAAUGGGACCCAUUUUUAUUCCAAAAUUAUUUACUAUGUGUAGUCAAUUCCCAAUGAGAGUAUAGUCAUCAAUACAUAAUUCAUAUUUUAAUUCUUCAUAAUUUGUCAGUUGCUAGAUUUCCUUGUAUUUUGUUCUACAAGUUCUAGAACGUAAUCCAAAUUAAAAAAAUUGCUACAAUGAUGACUCACUGUUAACACGAACUAACGAUAGAACUAACAGUGCCUUAUUAAACUAUCCAUAAGCGAUUUGAGAUGAUUUGUUCAUGGGAUAUCGUAGUGUUAUACAUAAAUUUAGUCUAAGUAAACAAAAUUAUUAUUUUGCCACGAGAAGAAAUGGCGUAGAGGUUAAAUUAAGAUAUAGUUACCCCUUAUCAGGUGGCGUUUCAAUUUGAAAAAUGUAAGCGCACGAUCACACGCUACAUGUUUUCUUGUGUGUAUUAAAAAAAGAGACAUUAGUUGUCUGCUUUCCAUUUAAGAAGCCUUAGUUUUUUGUGUCUAGAUGGCGCUUUGGGGAAAUUCUCAUAAAAAAAUAUAUUAUGAAGUUUUGACAAGAGAUAGUAGCUAAUUAUAAGUUUAUGAAUAAAAACGUACCCUUUAAUUCUUGUUCUUUAUUUUUUAAUGGGUCUAAAUCUGGUUAUAAUUAUUUUUAAGCGUCCACGCGGUUGGAAUAAUUUCUAUUCAUAAGUUUCUGGUCUUUUUAAAUAACAAGUCUUCCGCCUAUUGACCAUACCAAAAAGAUUUGAAUAUUGUGAAUUGAGUGAUAUGACAACGAAUCUCUUAAAUAAAUACUCUUAUGAAAUGAAUACUGCUACGCGAAUAUACCAGAAUAAGUGUUAAUGUCUUAUGCAUAAUAAUAAUUUGUUAAACUCUAAACAUUUAUGCAAUGUACGUAUAACAAUAAGGAAAGUAUAUAUUAUUGUUACUUUUUGAGGUUGUAUUAAAUAAAUAUUAUAUAACAAGC